AUGAAGUUUAUAUGCAUACUGCUUCUGAUCGGUGAGCAAACUUGCGCCCAUAUGUAUUUACUCUAAAUAUCGUUUCCUAUGAAUGCAUUCGACAAUAAUCUCACGCCAUUUUGCAAAUACCAAACAAAGAAGUCAUGCUGGCGAGGUUUUCUGAUUUCCUAAAUAAACCUGCGUAGCUCAGCGCUUAUUAGUCUCAACGCAAUAAAAAUCUGCUCAAUAUGGAGAGAAAACCUGGCAUAAUAGCGUGUGUUUAUGUCUUUUACAAUAUAUCAAACAAAUCUAACUGUGCAUGAAAUUUAUUUGACUAAAUCACCUUAUCUUUGCUUGGUUAUCCUUUGUGUAUGCCUGCCCGCCACACUUUAUGUUGUGCAUUACAAAUGGAUAAUGCCGCCUUUCAGGGAGCUGCUUUGCAGUUAAUUAUAAAGUUGGGGAUACAACGAGCUUUUACCGGUUUGAAUUCAGACCUCCGGUCAGUGAGGUACGUUUUCACUUUUAGUGCUGUAUCAAUUCAAUGACGGCUACCAAAUUGCGCAAAAGCUAAAUCACCAAUUCGAAAAAACUAUCGCCCGUAUUUAUUACGCCUGUUAUUUUGUGGCCUAAUUACUGAGACUCAAGUUUAAAAACCACUGUUUUAGGUUAUAAGCUCGUCUUCUGCAAUCAAACGUGAUAAUUGCAAGUCGCGGGAUUUCUGCUUCCAGACAUUUAACGGUAUGCUUUCGGAAAACAUGCAAACUUACAUAUACAUGAAUUGGUAGUUUUACAUUUCCCUUCUGUUUUUAGCAAAAAGAGGCGCUAUUGUACACGGAAAGAUCUCCGAAGCCGUAUCUGCAGUAACGUUCUACGUUCGUAACAGCAAAAACCCACAAGCCUUUGUCAUAACUGCAAAGGGCCUUCCCAAACAAGGUGGGUUGGAUUACAUUGUAUAAUGCUUACGUCAGCGAAAGGGGGUAGUUAAAUACCAAGGUUUUUCAUUGUCCCAUGCACUGGAGAAAUUUUCAACCCAUGAUAGGAGACAGGAGAGUUCUUUAUUUUAAUUAGUCCGAAGAUUACUGUGCAUCUCACUAAAACGUUCGGCAGUAUUUCAUCAACUAAAUUUCAGAUUUAAAAUGACUAACUGUGUAUUAAUCGUGUGCCCAUUAGCAUUUGUCAGCACUCACAUAACCAUCUCUAUGAUUGUUUGCACUCCGAUAUCACUGUUCUAAAAACAGUUAAAAUAUCAUUUCUUUCUAAAUUCCAAUAUCAAGUUUUAAAGUUUAGCUGUUGUUGCGAUAUACUAAAGUUACCAAAUUUGUCUGAUUUAUUGAGCAUUUUGCCUCGUUCUAUGAUUGCACUUUUUUAAAAUAUCCUUGUGUCAGAACCAGCACUCCCGAGUGGCGCGGUCGUUAUGAAAACUGUGGAGGUUGAACGCGGUUAUUCGUUUUCCUAUCUCAUUAUUUUUAAUAAUGACGUUCAGGUACGAUAAAAUUACUUAAAAUUGUACUUAUUUGUCCUUAUAAAAGAGCCGUCUUAUAUCAUAAAUCCUUCAAUUUCUUAAAAUUCUUAAGCAAAUCGAAGUCUCUGGAGGCGCCGAAUUGGCAAGAGAUAGCUACCAACCACCAUCUCUGGGUGUAUACAGCCCACUCUGUAUGUCUUUGUAAACGGCAUAACAGUUGCCACACUACCCUUUUUUACCUAAUGCGUUACAUUCAUAAUUGGCUUCAGUCAUAUAAUUAAAAAUUUACAUUAAGAAUAUAGAUAUAUAAAUAUUUGUUUCACUUAAGGUAAACAAAUUUGACGUUUCCAACUUUCCGACAGUUUUUAACUUCCCACAGACUUGACCAAUCCACGGCCUACCAACAUUAUGUUCAUCACCGGUUACAUCGAAAACAAGAAAAUGUCAUUCGCGGUAAAGUAUGCCGAUAAUACAAGCGAGGUAUUCAACUUCUUGCCCGAAUAUGAAUAUGGAGCAUUCUACCGUGGCUACUCUAUCUCUGGUUUCAACAGCGUGGGCCAUAUAAAACCCCUGUGGUGGGUUAUGCUCGCCGGUAUUGCCUUUCGGCUGGUUUACGUUUAACCGUGUAAAAAAUUAUCGUUUGCAACACAAUAUUUUGUUUGUAUGAGAAUACAUUUUUGAUUCGAAUAUUGCAUUUAUUCUGCCGAUUUACGGGGCACGUCUAGUUAUACCAGAACGCAAACUGGUCUGCGGAUGAUGUACCUGUAAUUUAUUCGUCUUCCUUGUGCGAAAUGUUCAAUGACCUACUGGAAACGCAGAUCUAGCAUUGACAACGCCAUAUCAUGGGGGCGAGCAACCUUGACUCCAGACCGAUAAUAAAGCAUACUAUGCCAGCAUACUGCCUCCUAGCCCCGUACAGCCCUGGAGGUAGCACGCAACGGGUAUAUGCCAAAUUCUGUUCAAGAGUCAGCAGGCAUCGUUAAAUGACGUCUUCACCGUAGCCUUGGUUCAUUGCCGGACUUAAAUGCGGGGCGCACGAUUGGAGACUUCCCUGAAUUACAGGCAACUAUGCACUAAUUCCGAGAAUGGGCUAUGUUCUGAACACGGGAAUAUAUGCCCCUGAAGUUAACUGUAAGUGUAUCUGUAGUUAGAUGGUUUUUCUCAUGUGCAAGACUUACACAAACCAAUAUUUCGACCAACACGGAUAACACUAGAUAAACUGCAUUGUGAUACUUCAAGUCCGCAUGUGGGUUUGUGAUGUGCAUUCGAACUCCGCCUUUUGCAGUUCCGUGAACUAGCAGCUUCAGAAAGGCUUGAUGCUGUUGAUGGGCAUGCCACUGAGAUUUAAUUGUAUUUGGUAACGGCAAAGUAUAUCGACAUUUUGACUGAUUUAAUCAAAGUAAGCGAUAAAAACAGGGCAAACUAUAAUGACCCCUACUUUAUUUUUAGUUAGUCAUGUACUAGUUUUGGCAGUCUGGUCUAUUGGCUUGACGUGGGACUAUUUGCCCAUUGAACGUUUUCUCGAGUGGACUUAGACAAGGUAACAGACAGACACAACUCCGAAGGCUGAUUAGUUUUCGGUCAGAGGGUAGGCCUGUGUGUGAUUUGAAUUUAGACGCUAUAUUUUGUUGGAGCGAGAAAGGCUGAGGCAACAGCUGUCACAAGCUCAAAUCUUCUCACGCCAUUCAAUCAGUAAUGACGUUUACUUUGGAAGUCUGCCGUGAACGCAAGUUGUUCGACGAAGCAGGUCAGAUCAACAAAUGAUUUGUCAGUAUCCACUUUUACUAGGUCUCUUCAAAGGGAAUUCGAUCAGUAAUGUGAAACUGCCAAACUGAUGCGUCCCCACUUUAGAUGCCAGGUAAAGUCAUGCUGUGUGGUCUCUUAGUUGAACAACAUAUCCAACUUGCCGAUAAAACAGCAAGAAAGUAUGUUGCGAAGGAUAACUCUCUCCUUUAACAUCAAGUCUCCUCACUGCUCGUGUCGCAUCGAACAACUAUUCGCUGCUGAGGGAGGAACAAAGGGUUCAAAGGAAAUUCAAAACCGUCACUGCAAUAUUUGGAGUUCUAGUCAAAUGUUGUCCUCGACAAAGCCCUCAUAGUCUUAACAAUCACGUGCCGUUUAAGUCGGUGACGCGCCAGUCUAAAGUCACAACUGGCAAACGAAACUCCGGUGCAGCUAAAGACGGAUUAGAUCAUUGUCAUCAAAGACUGGUGUGCGGCAAAGCCCGCAAAAGAAUCUGGAUGCAAAAGGGCCUUGCCAACCAGAGAGGAAUAUCCUCACUGCUCAUCUCAGUGACGCGCCAGUCUAAAGUCACUACGGGCGAAGGCAAACGGAAUUCCGGCCCGACUGUUGCACUUUACUCUGUGCCUGACAUUAACUUAUGCUAAGACUUUGAUCCCAAACCUAAUGCCUAAAUUAAUUUCAAUAUAUAUUCAUAAAAUUUUCCUGAGUUAUACGCACGGAAGUAUUUUAUAAAGACCACAUGUAAAUUACCAAUCAUUUAGCUACCAUUAAAUCUGCUAGAACUUAAAUUUUCAUAUACACAGACGGUCAAUUUUUGAAUAGCCAGUACAUUCGCGCAAUGGCAUUGCUUACUCAAAAAACGCAAAUGACAUGCUGAAACCCCCUUAAGCAGAAAUAUAAAGCAUUUGAGCAGGGGAGGAUAUCAUGUUUGAAAACGCGAUGAAUCCUAAAUGAGCAUAUUUCUGCUGCUGCGAAAGAUCUGUCCGCUAUUUCUCCUGAUAUUUAACUGUGAUAAUGCUUUCUGGAGGUCAGAGGAAUUCUCCACAAAAGUCUAAUCAAAGCGCCCACAGUAUCUUGUCAUUCCCAAAACACAUGUUCUCUGAUUCCGCCCAUACGAGUGCAUACGUUUGUCUGCACCCUCCUCCGCCUCCGGUUUUCUUUACUUUGCCUUGAGACCGGCGUAGAUGUUGGGUGAGAGAGAGAGAGAGUGCGAUAGAUUCUGUGCAAGUCUAAUUCACGUAUAAGUCACCGUGGCUGUUGCACCUUGCUCUGUGAAGCACGGUGGACAUCGUCGGAAUCGACAGUCGAGCAGUCGCAUAGGUUCGUCAACAGGAGGAUAUAGGAUAAUGUUAAAUGUGCCCCUAAAAUGGGCCUCGUGUUAAAUACGCUAGACGAGCAAACGGGCUAGAUUAGAGUCCGACAGGGGUUGCUGGAAGUACGCACUUGUAACAAAGGCCAACACUGGGUUCCCAGUUAUCCCCCACAACCUUGGCGGGUAAAUUCCCCAUGAGUGUCCGUUGAGGACCAGGGCGUGUGGUGGCACGCCUAGGUGCGGGUUCAUUCGCCAUGACAGCCACCUAUGUUCUCUCCCGUUUCCCCCCCCCCUCCCACAUUCUUGGCUCUUUUCUGAAGGCACAUUGUGCUGAAAGAGAAGGAGAGAGUGGUUUGGAGGAAGAGUAAGUCCACUCUCACUACAAAAGAAGUGACGGGCAAGUUAGUGUCUCUGCUGUCGCCCUGCGGUGGAGUACACGGUGGCCAUCAUCAAAAACGGGGGCUGAACUCUGCCAACUUUUUCAGACAAUCGAGAUGAAUCAGUUCGCGCCAGUUGGCUCCACAACUGGAAAAAACCACAACACGCCGAUUCGCCUUCGUGGAUAACAAAAGCCUCCAAUAAGCGACACCUGCUGCAUAGACAGUCUGAUAUGACACACAUGCUUACGUCGCCUGAUUUAUGAUGUAUGGCGGCGUCGCUUCUAUCUAGUUUAACCUCUGAUCUUGUCUGUGGGUCAUGCGGCAGAGUUAAAAGUUGUAAAAAAGUGCAAAUCACUUACAGCCUUUUUGCAAGAAGGACGUAGAGGGAAACACAGGUCCAGUGGAGCGAGCUGCCUAUGUAUUAUAUGUGGUAUGUGUCCUAUGACACAGCGUUCGUUGUCGCCAUUGAAAACCUGGCGGGCGGACUGAAAAGGAUCAAGUGAGAUCUUAACCACAACAGUGAGAGUCAAACGCCCACUUGAUCUGCAUACAAAAUUGUGAUAUUAGCAUAGAAACGUCGGGAACUAUUCCAUUAUUUCCUGUUUAGCUCUGAGCAAAGGGUGCAACAGUCACUGCGAUUAGUAUGUCUGCUGUUCUAUCGAAUGAUACCAAUAAUAUCAGUGGUAGCAAGUCUUUGUCAAUAAUUGCAGGCAUUGACUAAGUGAUACGUAGUUGUGCAGCAAACAGAUUUAACCAUCCUCAGUCGUUGACCUUUAAAUUACCUGAAUUCGCUAAUGGAGAUUAAUGUCGUGCUGAACCCGAAGUUGUUUUGUGUGUCCAAAGUGCGAAUGUGCUUUGCAGAAGUUGAUCAUAACGCUGAACUAUUGUCCUCUGAUCCUCCACUACGUUUAUUAAUUUUAACUCGCGAGUAGAUCCUUUUAGUUUAACUAGCUUUUCAUUGGCAAGACUUAGUGGCGUUAUCUGUCGACUCUCCUUUCGGCAACAAUGAGUACAGUGAAGAGCCAAGUUUCAAUGAUAUUAGAUUUUUCGCAGAUUUGUAAAAACUUAAUGGUAAUCGUUUUUCGCGAACCUAUAUCUAAAGCAGCGGGUAUUGUCAGACGUCGCGUGAUUCAAGACUUUUUAAUUUCCGUGUAAACCCUUUUCCCAUGGGUUAAAUUGCACGUCACCCGAAGGUUUUCGAGGAACAGCAUACAUAUUCGAAAUACGCCGGCGCCUGCCCUGUUGAAAAGUCAUUGAGACCGGACGUUAUUUUUGCGAUAUUUGGAGACGUGUCAAGUCUCCACAUGUCUUCAUCGCCAUAAGGAAAUAUUCGUAUAAAAUUAUAAUUAUUAUUAUUAACUUAGUCGUCGCUGUGAACAGGGCAAUUUUUGAUUUUAUGCAGUCGUGCAGUCUACGUCGGUAGUCGAAUCAGUUUCUCAACGAACGACGCCUGUAUACUGUAAUUUCGGAUAAUCCCAUGUAGGCAAUUAUAUGGAUUGAUUAUUCAUACAAGAUUUUUAUGCGUACGUUGGCUUCCAAAUCACAGACGUCACCGUUUUAUCUCAUAGCAAUAACAGUUUUCACGAAUGGAGAUGAAGGUCAGAAUUCCAUUAGUAUGGAUGAUAGAUAUAGAAGAGGACCGUUCGAGUGCCGGAGAAUUCAGCUUAUUUUUUUCCAGAUUUCAAACUCACAGAUCACUAUCGCUGGUCAAGAUGUGGCUUUCCAGGACUCUGCAUGUCGUCGCCAGACCGAUGCGUUUACUGGCUGAGAUCCUGCCCGAGCCACAAGUUCCUGUGAAUUUUCGGUUUCUCUUGCAUCUGACGUAGUCAGUUAUCCUGGUGGAAGAGAAUUCUACCUACGUGUGCACACUCACUUUUAACGAUUUGUCACUCCAUCGCAUAGCCAACUUGUAUUUUAUGUAUGUGUGUAACACCAGCUGGGUAAUUAAAGGAACAAUUUUGGCACGGAAUACGAUAAGCUGCACACAAAUGUUCCCUGGGAUUCGAUCGUUCCUGGCUUUCCAUUAUCCUGUUGCGCAUGGCUCGAUGUGAAGUGCUACCUCCAACUCCAUUAGCAAUGCCCCUCGUCGCUGCUAAACCGUCCUUCGUGCACGACAGAACAUGUCAUAGUAAAAACGUCGUCUCUUUGUGUGACCUUGAGCGACAGACACGCAGGCACCGGCUUAUACACUCACUCGGUUAUCCGCUCCAAUCAAACUGGUCCCACAGAUAUCGAGCUUCAAGUACGUUUUCUUUCAGGUUGCUACAAUGAGUUGGGACAGUGUGGAAGAUUGUUCUCAAAAUGGGCCAGCUAUGAACUCCUGAACAGUUUUUGUGAAAAAUGAGAAGCUGUUUGAUGUGCGAUGGCUUUUUGCAAACUGUUGACCCGAUUUUGCCGUUGAGAAUCCACAUGACGAGCACAUCAUUUAUGAACAUGUAUUGCACCCCUCCGUUUUUCGCCUCGAAGCGUAUGACCUGCGUAGAUUAUGGACAUCCUGCAACGCGUAUUUCCUGGCGAUAACAAACGUGUCGUCAGUACAUGGGGUAAAAAGUAUCGGUUGCUUAUGGAUAAAAGCAUUUUUUUCCUAGCUCUUGCAGAACUAAUUUCGUUACUAAUCUAGAAACUGUAUAACGAGUUUUACAUUAUGCUGGCGUUCUCAGCUAUUAAAGUAGCAAAAUUCGUUUUCUAGAAUUCUUGAUUUAGGAGAACGCGGGUUUAUACGGCGGUGUGCGAGCUUUUGCCGUGACAGCAAAUAUGUCAAUGGAAAUUGUUCUUCGUCCACGCAAGUCGUUUUGACCUUUUUUUAGCUUCGAACAGCACUAUGGGAUUGUUUAUCCUCUGCAAAAUUAUCCAUUUCUAAUUAAAUUGUCCAGCACCACAAUAUUCUUUUGGUAACUUAAGUAGAAUACGCCUUCUCCUGUCCGCUGAUCACAGGCACGCAGAGUUUACGCUCAUUAAACAUGAAUAUUAUUGCUACUUUGUUACUCAACUAUCGAACUCUCUGUAUUUAAAUGUGCCUAUCGCGUGUUAAAUAUUUACAUACCAUACAGGGGUAGACAAUUCGGAAGGAAUUAGUUGUGCAACUUACCGUAUAUUAUUGUGUUGUUAAUUGAAUUGCGAAUGUGUACGCAUUAGCAUUCUCCUUUCAAUUCAAGACCACUAUGGUUACUGUACCUUCAAAAACGUUAAAGCAAUGACACAUGCAAUUAACGAGUAGGAACCCUUGGUCGGCACUAAAUAACUCUAACUACCGAUUUGCCGAGACCUUCGGCAGGGCAUGGGAAUGGGAAUCCCGAGCUGGUGGCUGUACGCCAAAUUCCGAUGUAUUCAUAGUUAGGGCUACGGUUGCAUUUAGGCUGAGGAGUAUAUUUGAAUGUAGAAUUAGAGGCAAGGCAGUAGAUCAGACUGGAGAUCAGUGUAUAUCAGGGGAAUAGAUUAUUUAUUUGCGGCACCAACCGACCGCAGCCUUAACUUACUGCAAACGUGGUAGCGCGUAAGGUUCAGCACUUCACACACCCUGCUUAACGUCGAAGACAUUCAGACCGCCCGUCCGACAAUCACGUUAAUAAUAAUGUAACAAUGGCACAUCAGACAGCUGCGAAGGGACAUAUAUUAAUAUAAAGGCAGUCAGCAGGAUCUUUAAAACGUCUUUGUUUUUGGACACAAAGGAAAGUGAUCAUGCCACUUGGCUAUGCAAUUGCUUGUUUCCCAUAGAUUUCGGUAGAGGCGUUAGCAAUGAUGGCCGUCGACUUCAUUUAAUUAAUUAUUGGCCAACAUUACAUUUUAGGCUAAGCAUUCGAUAAACCAUUUUCAGACAUUAAAACAUGCCUCGUAAAAGAAGUGUGGUUAAAUAUUAUAUUAUAUGAUAAGCGUCUAUUUCUAUAAUAAUAUUGUCCUCAAUUUUUUAUAACCCGCAGGAAAACCCCGCAAACACAGAGUACACGCCAAAUUAAGAUAA